AUGGCCAAUGAGAGUGGAGAAUACUACGAAGUUAUGCCUUUGACCACUCUAAGGUACAUAUUACGAAUCCGUCGAGCGGAUAAAAUAUCACAAGAUCGCAUCCAUCUUCGUUCAAAUACCAUUUGCAUUAACAAUGUUAUUACAGAGUGUUGCCUUCGAUGGUUAGGGCACGUUCUUCGUCCUUCACCACAAGAAUUAUUGCAUAUUCCGUUACUUGCUAAACCGUGUGAUGGAUGGUGUCAAAAGCGAGGUGGUCCAAUCAAGAUCCGGACUGAUACGGUCAGGAAAGUUUUGAAAGUAUAA